ACGAAGAUUGGCGGCGUUCACGCAUGCGUGUUGUCGGACGCUCUCGGAGUUUGACGGUGUUCGUGUGGCCAGAGACCGGAUCAUGGCGAGCUCGGGGAGGAAGCGUAUCCUGAAAGAGGAAGAUAUCUCCAAGGUGGAGUUUGAGACAAGCGAGGAGGUGGAUGUCACCCCUACCUUUGACACGAUGGGCUUGCGGGAGGACUUACUGCGGGGUAUCUACGCGUACGGCUUUGAAAAACCAUCAGCAAUUCAGCAAAGGGCCAUCAAGCAAAUAAUCAAAGGGAGAGACGUCAUUGCUCAAUCCCAGUCUGGUACAGGGAAGACUGCCACAUUCUGUGUGUCAGUGUUACAGUGCUUGGACAUUCAGGUUCGUGAGACCCAAGCUUUAAUAUUGGCACCAACUCGGGAACUUGCAGGGCAGAUACAGAAGGUACUGCUUGCUCUUGGCGACUAUAUGAACGUACAAUGCCACGCUUGUAUUGGAGGUACCAAUGUUGGAGAAGACAUCCGGAAGUUGGACUAUGGACAGCAUGUAGUUGCUGGUACUCCAGGGCGUGUAUUUGAUAUGAUCCGAAGACGAAGUUUGAGGACACGUGCCAUCAAAAUGUUGGUUCUUGAUGAAGCAGAUGAGAUGUUGAACAAAGGUUUUAAGGAGCAGAUCUAUGAUGUGUACAGAUAUUUACCCCCAGCCACACAAGUAAUUCUGAUCAGUGCAACACUGCCUCAUGAAAUCUUGGAAAUGACCAACAAGUUCAUGACUGAUCCAAUCCGAAUCCUUGUCAAACGUGAUGAGUUGACCUUGGAAGGAAUCAAACAGUUCUUUGUAGCAGUUGAAAGGGAGGAGUGGAAGUUCGACACAUUGUGUGACUUGUACGACACACUGACCAUUACUCAAGCUGUUAUUUUCUGCAAUACAAAACGGAAGGUGGACUGGCUCACUGAAAAAAUGAGAGAGGCUAAUUUCACAGUGUCAUCAAUGCAUGGUGACAUGCCACAAAAGGAGAGAGAGUCCAUCAUGAAGGAAUUCCGUUCUGGUGCAAGUCGAGUGCUCAUUUCUACAGAUGUUUGGGCACGAGGAUUGGACGUCCCUCAGGUCUCCCUAAUCAUAAACUACGAUUUACCAAAUAACAGAGAGUUGUAUAUCCACAGGAUUGGUCGAUCGGGUCGAUAUGGCCGAAAAGGUGUGGCUAUCAACUUUGUUAAGAAUGAUGACAUUCGUAUACUGCGAGAUAUUGAACAAUAUUACUCUACACAGAUUGAUGAAAUGCCAAUGAACGUUGCUGACCUUAUUUGAAGGAAGGGAAAGACUGGAAGACCUGGAUGGGCCGUGGAUUGCAUUUCUUCAGUGCAAAACAAAACACUUCACAUUAUAUAAGGACCUUGUUUGUGCUGCAUCUAGCUUUGACAAUUCUGGAUUUUACUUUCAGUACCUUGUGGUUUUGAAAACCAAUGCCAUUACUUUUUUUUUGUAAAACAGGGGAUUAUUAGUUUGUUUUUGCAACUAUUAAAUACAGAAUUUUAAACUCAUCUGUAAUUUUAGUGAAAUACUAUGUAUGGAUACCAUUUAUCUUCAUUAAAGUUUGAUAUUAAUGUC